CCCUACGCCUUCCCCUUCCUUCUCCUUUCAAUUAUCCCUCCCUUGGUGAACCUGCAAAUAGAAAUGCUUCCCUCGCCUCUCUUCUAACCAAUAAUCAGAAAUUCUCCAGCCCUUUCAAAGUCUGUUUCUUUCUCUCUCGCACAAUCUGAAACUGAACAGAAAGGGUUAAAAGAACAAAUUUCUUAUCAUGAUCAAGACAUUGGCUCCUUACUCAACCACAGCCAAAACGGCUGAGAUAAUGUCCAGGUACAGGCCCAUUGCACCCAAGCCAGACUGUCCUUCCAAUUCAGGCGAGGACGAGAACUCAAAUUCCAACUCGUCCGGCAUGUCUCAGAAGAUCAGGCAAUCCCCUUACCUGAGGAACCUGUGGCCACAAUUGCAGGCCAGGCCAACAAGAACACGCAAGAGGGGCAGAGGAUCUUCUUUAUCUCCGCCAGUCAUCAAAAGGCAGAGAAUCCAUCAUCAAAUGCCCAUUGGCCUUUCCUCGUCCCCUGCCAAGCAUCUCUCCAUGCAAGGGUUUCUUCAUGGGUUCUCUAACCAGCUUCCGGCGCUUCAUAGCCUUGGUGGGAUGAGUAGCAGCUUUGACAACUCGUCACUCGUUACCACGCCCUUGACACUUCCACUUCUUCCUCCUCCUUCAGUUGCCGCAGUAGGUACAACAAACCAAGGAGGAAUGCCGCCUCUGCAUGAGCUGAUGAGAUGCAUGGCACCGAGUCAAGAGGACAUAGAUUUGAACACCGUGGUGGAGGUACCAGAGGAGAAAGAUCUGCUGCGGCAACUGCAGGAACCUCGCCCUGCUGUUAUAGCCCCCCAUCCGGUCCGACCAGUUGGUUCGAGCAUAAGAGUUGCCUGCAUCAAUGAAAACACAGGGGUCCUACCUCUUCAGGGUCCGAAGAAGCCAGAGCAGGUUGAGGAAGAAGUGGAGUCCGAUGUCCUACCAGCUGUAAUAUCAGAUUCGAACAACAAGGUGAGGCUGGCAAAUUCUGCAUAUAAGGAAAUGGUUGGUCAGCCGGAAUGUUCGUGGCUGAAUUCCAUGGUGACGAUGGGGAAUGGUCGACUGGGAUGCAACAGCAACUCGUGCUGCAAGAGAAUUUGUGGGGAAGUGGCACUGCACCUUUCCGAUUCGAGGGUGCCGGUUUCAUCUAAUGGGUUCUCAUGCUGGGUCAGGAUUGAAUGGGGGAAUCCAGGUAAGAAGAGUUGUAUCAGUGCCUUCUGUGACGUAAGCAGAUUGUCAUGCGAGUCCAAGGAUUAUAUGUUCACCUGGAGGUUUCACACCCCUGCGAGACAAGGUUCCCAAGGCAGCAGCAAUGUCUGAAGAUAAUUUCACCAGCUGUGGAUAGUAGCACUGAGAAUGCAUGUUACGUUGCACCCUACCUGUAUAAAAGUGCAGUCAAUUA